CCUAUAAGUAUUGGAGAUCUUGAGCCUUUCUCUUAAUUUUCCCUUUCUCAUUGCAGUACACGACUUAUUCUCUCUUCCAUCAAAUUCCUGCAAAUCUUCCUGAACAGUGGACAUUGUCAGGUAAUGGAAUCCUCCGAACCUCUCUCCGUGGAGAGCUUCUCGUACCGUUGGCUAGUGAAUUCAAAGAAAGCCCGUGAGAGCUUCGAUGGGUCGUCAGCCAGGACUUCGCUCGACGCGUCCGACGAAGCCUCCUUCAUUGAGAUGGAUCCUAGGAUGCCACCCUCCAGGAGAUUCUCCCGGAAUAUAGGCAAUUCUGCUUCUCAGGAUUUCAGAUUCGACUUCCCGAGAGUGUCUCCAUCUUCUCCUGCUCUCGUUCAUGCUGAUGAGCUCUUCUCUGAUGGCUACGUGUUGCCCCUAUUUCUCGAUCCUUCGAGGAUGAAGGCAUACGAGAUGUCCAAUUUGACUCCUCCUCGGCCUGGCUCGCUGAAACUGGUCAUGAGUAGUAAAUCAUGUUCGUCUCCCUCAAAGACUAGGUGUGGGAAAUUAUCAAAGAGGAUGUUUCGGAAGUACAUGGACUUUCUGAGGCCAUUGUACCGGAUUUUUCGAGCCGGAAGGUUGAGUUUCCGGGCAGAAUUUGGAGAUGCAAGAGGUCCUGGGAUGAGGAACUGGGUUUAUCCUGAAGAGGCUUCUUCUCCUAGAAUAAGCGAAGCGUACUCGGCCAAUGAUGGGCGCAAGUCAUUCGAUUCAGAGAGCUCGAUUUACGAGGCAGUUCUCCAUUGCAAAAGAUCUUUCGGAAAAUUCGAUUGAAUUGGUCUACAGCAAAGUGUUCGGUGCAUAUGAAGACGAGACACUGAUUCCGAAGGACAAAAGAAGUGCGCAAGAAGAGAAGACGAGUCACGAGAACAAGAGCGAGUCCAGAUACAAAAAACACAAAGACAAACGUAAGAAAGAGAGGUGAAAGGAGAUCACAUCGGGGAGCAGCCUUUUCUUCUUGUCACUUUUGUCUCUGCUUUUACAUAUGAUCAUGUACAGAAACUGUCUAAUCGGCCAUGGAUAUAUCUCUCCCACUCAGUGAGGAAAGAAAUGGAAUCUGUGUAUAUCUUUCUGCUUUCUCUGUCAUUCUGAGAUUGGGGGAGAGUUUUUUUUUUUCAACUGGUAAAAAUCUCCCCUUUUCUUCUGAUCUUGUCAAUUAGACCCUCUUGACAGAACCAAAAGCAGUCACAUUUGUUCAUUCUGAUUUUGAUUCUAGUCACUGAACAGACGAAUCUCAA